AUGAAGGUGAUCGGCUUGACAGGGGGUAUAGCUAGCGGGAAGAGCACUGUGUGUCAGGAGCUCAAGUCGCGGUUCGGCUUUCCUGUUAUCGACGCUGACAAGACAGCGCAUGACGUGAUGCGAAAGGACACUCCAGCUUAUUCGCAAGUGGUGAAGGAAUUUGGGCCUUCGGUCCUGACGUCAGAAGGGGAGAUAGAUCGUAACAAGCUGGGGGAGAUAGUGUUUGCCAACGCUAACAAAAGGAGGAAACUGAACAGCAUUAUGCACCCCCACAUUGCCUACGCAAUUGCACGACAGCUCUUCUCCCAUUGGUGGGCCAAUCACCCACUGGUCAUUCUAGAUGCUCCUCUGCUCUACGAGACCGGUCUGAACAGGGCUACACGAGCAGUGAUUGUUGUCUUUUGUGAGACGGAGCAGCAGGUGGAGCGUUUAAUGAAGCGCAACUCUCUGCAGGAAGAUGAUGCUCGGCGGAGAGUGGCUGCUCAAAUGCCAAUGGAGCUCAAAGUGAGUUCUGAAUAA